UGAUUGGCUACAUUCUUUCCGGAUACUGUUUGACGUCAUCUUCCUUGAAUUUACCGCGGAAUUCGAUUCAGGCGGAUUUUGUAGCUCCAGGUCAGUGAGGCGCCAACACAGUAGUAUUUCUUCAGUUGUUGACAAGUUAUUCAAAGCGGUAUAUUUUUGUCUUGGAGGAAGACGCAUAAACGUCUUAUGUUUUUGCAUCACGUUUUAUUUUACUUUUAAGUGGUAACGUUCUGUCAAAUAUUUGCCAUGGCUACACCUCCCAAGAGAAUGUGCUCCAGUCCAGCUUUUAACAACAGUUUUGAGAAAAGGAACAAAAAAAUAUCGAUCGAAGGAAACAUCGCGGCUGGUAAGUCCACGUUUGUGCAGCUGCUGGAGAGGGCUUCAGAUGAAUGGGAGGUCAUUCCAGAGCCUAUUGCUAAAUGGUGCAACGUGCAGACAACAGAGAACGAGUACGAGGAGCUCAGCACUUCACAGAAAAGUGGUGGCAAUCUGCUGCAGAUGCUCUAUGACAAACCCAGCCGUUGGUCGUACACCUUCCAGACCUACGCUUGUCUCAGCCGAGUGCGCUCUCAGCUCCAGCCUCCCUCAGCCAAGCUGCGACAAGCCGACCACCCUGUCCAGUUCUACGAGCGCUCCGUCUACAGUGAUCGGCUAUGCAGUAUCUACAGAGAACUAAAAAUGUAUGUGUUUGCUUCCAAUCUAUUUGAGUCUGGGGACUUAAACGAGACUGAAUAUGCCAUCUAUCAAGACUGGCACAGUUGGCUGCUUUCACAGUUUGAGGCUGAAAUUGAGUUGGAUGCCAUGAUUUACCUGCGGGCAGACCCAGAGAAAUGUAUGCAGCGAUUACACACACGAGGGCGUGAGGAGGAACAGGGAAUUCCGCUGGAGUAUUUGGAGAAACUUCAUUACAAGCAUGAGUGCUGGCUCCACCACCGAACUACACAAAUGGAUUUUGAAUACCUCAAGGACAUCCCAAUUUUGGUGUUGGAUGUAAAUGAAGACUUCAAAAAUGACCGAAUUAAACAGGAGGCAGUUAUAGAUAAGGUCAAAGAGUUUUUGUCUACGGUGUGAAAAUGUCUGGAACAUUUAAGAGACAUAAUUCUGAACUGACUGGUACUUGCUGCCAGCUGUACAUAAUCUGCACCACCAUAAAUGCUAUUUACAACAAAUAUGAAAAAGCCAGUUAACAUUAUGUCCAUUCACACAAGUAAUUGCUGAGUGAACCUCGGCAUCAGAUGUCAUAACUAGGUCAUGUGGGAAAGGGAAAGACUUUUUUAAAAUAAGAAUUUUAAAUAUUGUUUAUAGGGUUACUAAUCAAUAGAAAUGCAUGUCCAAUACAUUUAACUGUGUGCUUUUUAUAUUGUAAUUGACAAAUAUGUGAGAAUAGGUCCGCAGGAUUGUGUGGUUCUGCCUCCAAUGUUUGUAGAGUUAUUUAUAUAAACAUUGUUGAACGUUUCAGGUCUUUGAACUCUGAGAGCCAGUCAAUUUCAGUGUCCAUAAUUGUGUGAAAUUGGGUGUCACCAAGGGGGGGGCAGUAUACUGCAUUUCUGGCAUUAUGUGGUUGGGCCUCUGAUUCUACUUAUUCAACCUUAUGAUGUCCAGCUAGUGGGUCACUUGUUGACUUAUCUUUUCAUGUCCAGGAAAAUGAACUGCUACAUAUCAUAGAUUCCAGCACAUCAGGUUCAGUGGAUAAUUUAGAAUCUAAUUUAAUGCCUUAGUUUCCACUGGAGUGGGAAGCUGAGUGCUGUAGCGGCUAUUGAGAUUUUGAUAUGGAUUUGUGUGUAAAUAUUUGUGUCAGUUCAAUAAAUUAAAGUGUGAAUCUA